AUGCGUGGGACGACGGAUGGUUCAUCGCUUGUUAUGGAAAGUGCACCAAACGACACACUACGUACUAAUGUUUCGGAAGCAUCGAAACGGGGAAUGAAUGGAAAAGAUACACAUAGUUAUGUUGGUUUCGCAAACUUCCCUAACCAAGUUUUUCGACGCGCGAUCAAAAAUGGAUUUGAGUUUACUUUGAUGGUUGUUGGACAGUCUGGAUUGGGGAAGUCCACUUUUAUUAACUCGUUGUUUGCCACUGAAAUAUAUCACGGUGAUGUACCAAAGGAGGAUAAAAUUCCCCCGACUACACGUAUCCAUGAACAAACUGUUCGCUUGAUUGAAAAUGGCGUAGCAUUGAAUUUGACGCUUGUUGACUGUCCCGGUUUUGGCGAUGCUAUAGACAACAGCAAAUGCUGGGAUCCAGUGGUGGAAUACAUUGAGAAAAAGUAUUUGGAUUAUUUUACUGAGGAAACAAAAAUUGAACGAUCACCAACGAUUCCAGAUAAACGAGUACAUUUGUGUCUUUACUUUUUAGCUCCGACAGGGCACGGGUUGAAGCCACUGGAUAUAGAAUUUAUGAAGAAGUUACAUGGAAGGAUAAAUGUUGUUCCAGUUAUUGCAAAGGCUGAUACGAUGACCCGUGGGGAGCUUGACGCUUUUAAGAAACAGAUUCUCAAAGAAAUAAAUGAACAAAACAUCAAAUUGUAUAACUUUCCUGACACCGAUGACGAAGAGGAGAAACGCCAGUUUGGACCACUCAAAGAACGUGUUCCAUUUGCUGUAGCUGGUAGUAACAAUAUAAAAGAUAUUAAUGGUCGCAAAACACGUGUGCGUGAGUAUCCUUGGGGCGUAGUUCAGGUCGAGAACCUGGAACAUAAUGAUUUCAUAGCACUAAGACAUAUGAUUAUCAGAACUAACUUAAUUGAUUUAAUAUCGGUCACUCACAGUGUGCACUACGAAAACUUCCGCUUUCGUCAAAUGAGCAAAGGAUCGAAGGAUGCAAUUGACAAAGAUCCAUUUACACAAAUGGAGCAAGAUAAAGUGCAGAAAGAGGAAGAGUUUGAAACAAAAAAAGCAGAAAUGGAAAAGAUAUUCAAAGCAAAAGUCGGUGAAAGGGAAGCUAAACUUAAUGCCAAACAAAAAGAGCUUGAUGACAAGGAGAAAGAGAAUACGAUUAAAUUAGAAAGCCGACGUGCUGCUUUGGAUCAGUUAAUGAAAGAGAUUGUUGAAUUACGUCAAGCAGGAGGUUCCAUUUCUAGGCAGGAGUCCCGGUCAAGUUCGUCACGUCCUGAGUAUGCUUUUUUCUUCAAAUGCUUUCAAGUUUAAAU